AAUCAAUUUCUUGAUAAAAAAUAAUAAUUGUCAUUAAACAGUCAAGUAUUUUUGUUAAAAUUAUAUAAAUCCGUAAAUAAUUAUAAGAUCGCGGUUCAUAGAAUUCUACUUGUGGUUCUGUCAUAAAUCGAUUUCCAAGUUUGUGUUUCGAAAAAUAAAAUGAAGUUCAUAAUUCAAGACAAUGUAAAAAAGUUUUAUCCUACAGCCGAGGAAUGUAAGGUAAAUAAUAAAGUACAUUGCACGGAAGAAGGUUGUACCAGUAUUUUUAUAUCGGAAUCUAACCUUAAUUUACAUUUAACCAAAACUCACCGAAAACCUCAUUUAUUAGAAGAAUCUAUCACGAAGUAUUAUUUCUGUCCAGAACUUGGAUGUUUAUACAACGCAGACAAAUACUUCAAAGAAUUAAAAAAACUUCGUACACAUUAUAUGACGAAACAUUCUUCAGAACAAUAUAUUUGUUUGAAUUGUAAUAAGAUAUUUCCACAACAGAAAAAUCUUCAACAACACUCUGAUUAUUGUGGCGUGAAUUUUACUUGUCCCCAGUGCCCCGCUUAUUAUGCCACGUACGAAUCUCUACAAACUCACAGUAGAAGAAAAAAACAUUGUAUACCUUUAAAGACUCAUUAUAAAGUUAUUAACACUUGUUCGAAAAGUGAUACUCUACUACAAGCUUCAGAUAGGCCUAUUUUACCUAAAAGUUCUUUCAAUUUAAUAAUAGUACCAAACGAUAUUAAGAAAUUUAACCAAGAAAGUCAAACGUACAACGUACCAUCGAUUUAUAAAAGCAAAAUGACUCAAGUUUGUAGAGAAUUUGAUAGUAGAAAUAAUCAACAAACGCAAACUGGUAAUAAAAGUGAAUAUUUCACAGUAGAGACACAAACUAUAGGAAACUAUCGUAAUUUAUCAAGAAAAAAUAGUGGAUCAAUGGAUAAUUCGUCAACGCAAAGAAGUUUGAAGACUCAAACUGAUGUUAUAGAAUCGAAAAACUUUUCUUGCAAUACGUCGUUUAAAGACGACGAUUUUCCUAUUGAAACUAAUAGUUCUAGUACACAAACUGGAGAAAAUAACACUUCUAAUAAUAAUAAUUCUACACAUACCCACGAUACGAUAUACACAGACACCUCUGAUUUACUCCAAGACGUAAAUGUUGGUAGCUUUGAGUUUGAUAACUGCAACAUGGAGACACAAACUGACUUUAUAUUUGACGACGUUAUGUUCGGUUGUGAUUAUAUGAGUAACAUGUACACGCAGACCUCCGAUCAAAUUUUGAGUGAUCUAGGUUUCAGUAAUAUUCAGACACAAACUUUGAUAGACGACGUGCUGAAAUCUGUCGAAAGCCAAACUGUUAUGUCCAGGAGAAAACAAGACGUCGGAGAUAGAGAUAUGACGCACAUGGAAACACAAACUGAUAUGGAAUUUAGGGAAAUGUUGGAAGUUAUUAAUUCAUGACUAUAACUUAAUUUUAUUGUUUUUAAAUGUUUCAAUGUGGAAUCUUUAUGUGUCUGUUAAAUUUAGUAGUUGAUGUAGAUUACGAAUAAUAAAUGUUUUAUGAAGUUGA